AUGCUAAGACCGCCUGCUAUUCCCCCAGCUGUGUAUGUGCUCUCUGAUUCUUAUCCUAUAUUCUCACUAACUGAGCUAAUUAAGAUUGGCCUCUGGUCCCGCGAAUACUCAAGCUAUUCCAGCAGAAUAAAUUACAUGGCCUGUGCACCACCUACUACCGAGUUUACCCGCUUUUAUGUCAGAAGACGCAGAAGAUCCCAGCCUCUGACUGCGAUUACCCAGGCCAUUCUCGGUCAAUCUGCUGGGACCAAGGAGCAGCAGAUUGUCACCGCGUCCGGAUUGAAGCCAACGAUUCGCUUUCCUGGUCCCGCCCAAGGCAAGAGUCACGCCGCUCUUUUCCCGAUAUGUUUUUGGCAUCAUCCGCUCGCUGACAGCCUUCCGACUGGCCGGCUUAGCGCAGGCGCUACCGAUUGCGUUGAUUGGGGCCUGACACCAACGUGCUCCGACCAGACGUUUUUCACUGCGUCACCAGGACUUAGCUCCCUCGACUCAGGACCUUGGGGUGACAUUAUACUGUCUGAUCCAAUUCUAGCGUCCGUCCGAACUUAUGUCGCCAACGGCAAUGCCAAUGGUGGACCCGUCGCCAACUCCUUGGACUAA